AAUACAUGUUCACCUGUCAAACAGCUAACAGGUUCUUGACGAACGAACCUAGUAGAUUCCUCUCCUUUUCAGCUACCUGCAGGGUUCGCUUAACACUUUACCGUGUUCCCGAAACCGAGCGAAAGAAAUAACGCCUGGAAUAUUACUUGCCCCGAAACAUUGCUCACAACGCCAUCGACAGCAAUACAGAAGGUCAGUAAUCUAGUAAUCUUGAAAAUUGCAAGAGAGUUUCCAAAUUGUGUUUUGACACGCAAAUUAUUUUCAUGCGGAAAAGGAGAAAUAAAAUUGUUGGGCUUCAAUAAAUUAAAGGAACCUAUUCAGUUUAUCAAACAUGCAGAUAAAAAAGGAGUCAAAGAAUGUGCAAAUUAUAAAAGAAAGUAAAGUAAAAGUUGUUCCUAUUCAGGAUAUUAGCCAUCACUGAACUUUCCAUAAAAAUGUUACCAAAGUGACUUGCCCAACUAACUUUCUUAAGCCAGGGCAAUUCCAACUCCUUCAUGCUUUGCCCUGAUUUUCCUUAAACAGUACAGUCUCAUGAUGCUGCUUACAAAAUUUUUUCUGAGUAAACCAAACUUUCCCUAACAUGAGGAUUUCCUCUAAUCGAAUGGUUUUGUUUGUAUUUUAGCCAUAACAAUCUCGGUUUCUUUUCCCUAACAAUAUCAUUCUUUUGUGACUAAAAAUGGUUAUUAUGAUGACAAUGUGUAGAACUGACAGGCACGAAGGAGGAAAAGGAUAGAGAAAGAAGUGAGAUGAAUAAUUAGAAUAAAACGAAACUAAUAAUGAAAAGGGCAAAUAUAGGGAUAAAUAGGACGCACUGUGGUAGUUUUUAAUGGGUGGGGGGAGGUUUUUUGCGGGUCAUGGAAAUCGAAAGGACAAGUUUAAUAGAAAGGGAGCAGGAAAGAAAGACGUCACUGAAAACACGUGUACCCACCUCGUCCUGCAUGCCAUGAAUUAACGCUCUGGGCGUUUACAUGAAAAAAUAUACCAUGCACAGCAAGCUAAUUGAUGAAAUUUACCCAGUUAAAAAAUAUGGCAAACAACGAAUACCGGCCCUCGUAAGAUAGAAUAACGUACACGAGGAGAGGGCUACAAGGAGAUUUAAAAAAAAAACUCGUUCGACGGAGUCGACUCAGAGAUAUACAGAAAAGCGCUAAAAGUGCAAAUUUUGAAUGAAGUUGCGACUUAGGCAGGUGGUGAGAAAAAGGGGUUGGUUUUCAAGAUCGCAAUAAGGAACAUACACCAAAAUUUCCUAGCAUCGAAAUUUAAGUUCCUAGUGUUGGAUUUUCUGUAGCUGGUCUAGAUCACGCAAAAUUCGGUUUUGUCAAUUUCAAAGUUUUUUGUUUAUUGCUGUCAUAGUAAUAUCGAUUUUACUUAAAACUACAUUUUCACAAGUUUUAAUCCAUAGCCAAUUACUGGUGAAAAUUUUUUGGCGAUCGCACAAGGAAAAAACACUUUUAAGGCGAUUGAAAAAUAGCGGUAUGGCCUCUGAAAAACUGUAUCGAAACACGUUAAAUGUGGCAACGUUCUCUAAUUGCAGAAUGUUUCUACAUGUGAACUAAACAUCUUUUUUAUGCAACAUCGACUUUAGUUAACAAGUCCGUAAAAUGUGUUCAGUGCGUUUACAACUUCCUCUGGUGUUCUCUUUCUUAAAAGUAACGUCAUUGAGAUAAAUUGUUAAAAUCGUUUUUUAUUAAGGGUUAUUUUAUGCAACACUUCGCGUCCGUGAAGAUGAAGUCGAAUUUGAGUAAGAUCCACGUUUUAAAAUGCCUUUUUUUAGUGAAAGUCGUUUCCUUCAUUACCUACAUGUACCUAUGAGAUCUCAGCUCAAAAGAGUAUUCUUGGAAUCAGGGGUUUGACCAAAAUACAAGCUGUGAGAGAUUCUAGCAAAACAUUAAAACAAUAAAUAUUUUAUAAGCCAUUAGUGAAUAAUUUGCACUGUAAAGUAGCAAUACGUGUUUCACCUGUCAAACAACUAACAGGUCCUCUCCUUUUCAGGCACCUUCAAGGUUCACUUAAAACUUUACCUUGUUCCUAAAAGCGAGGGUAAGAAAUAUCCCCGUGCAAUAUUAAGCUGAAACAUCGCGGACAACGCCAUCGACAGCAAUCCAGAAUGUCAGUAAUCUAGUAAUCUUGAAAACUAGAACAGAACUUCCACAUUGGUUUUUGACACGCAAAUUGUUCACAUGCGGAAAAGGAGAAAUAAAAUGGUCAGCAUAUUAUGAUGAAUCAAUAAGGAACCUAUUCAGUUCAUCAAACAAACAAAAAGAAGUCACAGAAUCGAAUGUGCAAGUCAAGUAAAAGUUGCUCCUAUUCAAGAUAUCAGCCAUCAAUGAACUUUUCAUAAAAAUGUGAGUUGCCGAACUAACGUUCUUACGGGAAAUGAUGCUGUUUACAAAAUUUACUGAGUAAACCAAACGUUCCCUAACAUGAAGCUUUGCGCUAAUCAACUGGUUUGCUUUGUGUUCUAGCCAUAACAAUCUCGGUUUCUUUCCCUUAACAAUAUCAUCCUUUUGUGACUAUAAAAGGUUAUUAUCAUGACAAUAUGUGGAACUGACAGAUACGAAGGAGCAAAAGGGUAGAGUAUGUCUUUUGGUGAAGAAACGAGAAAAAGGAGAAAAAUCUGGAUAGUAGAAGCUGUAUCAUUAUUUUGAUCUGCAACUCGUGAAACUCUGUGGCAUUUGGAGCUACAGAGAAGUAUGUCAAAAUGCCCGUUUCUCCUACAUUUGUUGCAAAAUCGGGUCAGAUUUGAGGUGACUUUAUUGAAAAAUUAGAGCUCAGACUAGCAAGCGGGCUCCAGGUUUUGGGUAAACUUGCCUACAAGUCGAGUUCAAAUUUGUUCACGAGCGCGAAACGCGAGUGGUAGAUUUUUCAUGUUUUCUGCGGCAAAAGCAUGGAUAAUAGCGAGCGAGAGUGAGCGAGAGUGAGAGCUUCAGCGUCUUGGUUUUAGAAAGAUUCGCAGUUUUUACGAAAUAACAAAUUUUUGUACUCGAAAAAAAAAAAACAACAACAACAACAACAGCAACAACAAUUAGAAUUAAUGGCACGCAGUCCGAAAACAAACACGGUGACCCCAUAUUUUAUUAGCACCACAAGAAUUACACUAUAAGAUAAAUAGCUGUUAGGGCAACCCCAAUUAAAGGAGUUUAAGCGACUGGCGAACUGACAGCUCAGGCUUUUUUACGAAGACUUGAUAUGAAUUUUUGGUGGUUGUUCACGUUUCGAGCAUUUUGCGCACAACUAGGAGAAGCGAUUGGCGAACACAGAUCGUCAAUGAGUUAGAGAUUUCCGAUAAUUUAGCUUUAAAUGUGGCAACGUUCUGUAAUUGCAGAAUUUUUGUACUGUGAACUAAACAUCUGUUUUUAAAGCAAAAAUUCAGUUAACGCGUCCGUAAGAUGCAGAAGCCUAGAUGUGUUGAGUGCGUUUACAACUUACUCUGGUGUUCUCUUAACUAAAAGCGACGUCAGAAUACGAUAAAUUCUUAAAAUCGUUGUUUAUAAGCGUCAUUUUAUGCACCACUUAUCACGUCCAUAGAGAUGAAGCCGAAUGUCAGUAAGAUACAGGUUUUAAAAUGCCAUUUUUUCGUGAACAUUACAUGAAGUCCCUAAAUCGAUCCUUACUUACAUUCACCUAUCUCAGGGUCUAAAAGGGGAUUCUCGGAAUCAGAGAUUUGACCAAAAUACAUGCAGUGCGUAGAUUCUGGCAAAACGUUAAGACAUUAAAUAUUUUAUAAGCCAUUAGUGAAUUAUUUUCACCGUAAAGUAGCAAUACGUGUUCACCUGCCAUACAGCUAACAGGUUCUUGAUGAUCGAAUCUAGUAGAUUCCUCUCCUUUUCAGCCACCUGCAGGAUUCGCUUAACACUUUACCGUGUUCCCGAAACCGAGCGGAAGAAAUAACCCCUGGAAUAUUACUUGCCCUGAAAUAUCGCUGACACCACCAUCAACAGCAACUCAGAAGGUCAGUAAUCUAGUAAUCUUGAAAACUGCGACAGAGUUUCCAAAUGGAAAAGGAGAAAUAAAAUGGUCGGGCUUCAAUGAAUUAAAGGAACCUAUUCAGUUUAUCAAACAUGCAGACAAACAAGAAGUCACAGAAUGCGCAAAUUAUAAGAGAACGGUAAAGUAAAAGUUGCUCCUAUUCAGGAUAUCAGCCAUCAUUGAACUUUCCAUAAAAAUGUUACCAAAGUGACUUGUCCAACUAACUUUCUUAAGCCAGGACAAUUCCAACUCCUUCAUGCUUUGCCCUGAUGUUUGUUAAACACGUACAGUCCCUUGAAUCCCCCGACAGAUUGUGUUGAUCAACGAUCACUGAAGCGUGACCGAAAAUUCAGAAGUCAUGUUGAAAAUUUUCAAGGUCGAGUUUGAAAUAUGACUCGGCAAGUUUAAUUUGAUGAAGCGAGUUGAGACUAUACGUCGAGCAAGGUCAAAUAAAAGAGUUGAGUUUAAAAAAUAAAAGACGAGUGUCAAAACGUUUUCCAAUGAUGCGAAAUCUGAAGGAAGAGUGUAAAAUUUUAAAUUCGGCUAUAAAAUUGAAGUAGAAAUUUAAAUGAUGAAUUUAAAAUUCAAACAAUGAAUUUUUGCGGGGAUCGUACUCCAUAGAUUAGAGGAAAGCUUCAUGUUAGGGAAUUAAAGUUUGGUUUACUCAGAAAAAAAAUUGCAAGCAGCAGUCAUUUGGCUUGUGAUCCGCGUAGUCGACUGGGUCGUGGGUGGCUCUUUAGUCGAUCAUGCUUUGCGCCUUUUGUACAAACAUGGCGGCAGCGUUUGCACUUGCUGUUGUACAAGACUGGUACAUAUAUUUAAGACGCAUUCGUCUUGCAAAAUUUUCAAAAUCUCGUAGGAACUGUCGUCGUAUUUUGUUUCUGUUCAUUAAUACUCUGCACGGGCCAACAUACCGGCAGACGAACAAUUUAAAAAGGACAUUAAGGCCAUCAAACAGAAAACCUUCUAUCAGAUAUAAAGUUUACAGAGAGGGAGUCUGCCAUCCUGAAACACAACAACAAAGAGGAAAAAGAAAUAUUGCCUUUCGUGACACAGUACCAGCCCUAAAUUGUCUGUUUUAAUGAAAAAAAAAAAUGGAAACUUAUACAAAACUAACCGUUACUUCAUCAAAUUUUCAAAGAACCACCAAUCAUUUCCUACAAGGAAGGAAAAUCCCUAAAGGACAUGCUCGUUAGAGCUAAAAUAUAAAAGGUUACUCAAGGUUUCACGCCGGUAUAGAUGUGCGGCCCGUCACCCUUGCAUUUUCUCUUCUGAUACAUCAAAGGGAGGGCGACCUCUGCGGCCAGUGAGUAAACGGUUUGCCGUGUAGGUGCAGGGAACGCUCGAUCUCUCUGCGCUCGAUAAACAUGUAAUGGCCGAUCCUAUGCAAGCCACGAUAGGAUCGGGUAAAUCCCCACAACUUAUAAUAAUACGAUUUAAGUACUCCAAUCGAAGCAAAAGUCCGCUGUAAUCACCGUCCUGAUAGGAAUCUAAACGCUCCAAAGUGUCUUGUACAACAGCAAGUGUGAACGCUUCCGCCAUGUUUGUACAAAAGGCGCAAAGCAUGAUGGACUAAAGAGCCUACGGUGGCCCAGAAGUGCGCCCCGAAUUCCAAAUGACAGUCUUUAUCUUUAAACAUACUCCGAAUUCCAAUAAUGAUUCUAAAAGUUCAUCUUAAUUCUAAAAGCUCACUCCUGAUUCUUAAAGUUCACUCUUAAUUGUAAAAGUUCACUCCAAAUUUCAAAACUUCACUCCGAGUGCGAAAACUUCACUUUGAAUUCGAAAACUUCACUCCUAAUUUCAAAACCCCUCUCCGAAUUCGAAAACAUAACUUCCAAUUUGAAAAUAUCACUCCAAAUUCGAAAACUCCACUCCGAAUUUGAAAACGCCACUCCGAAUUUCGAAACUCCACUCCGAACUUGAAAACAUCACUCCAAAUUGGAAUUCUCCAUUCCAAAUUCGAAAACUUCACUCCCAAUCCAAAAUCGAAAACCCAGAGUCCUCGGGCUCUUUGGUCAGCGGUAGAGCUCGAGGGAGGGGUAGGUACGUGGUGUAAGUAUCAUAUAGUGGUUCCCCGUUAGUGAAGUUUUGUAAUUUGGAGUAUCUUUUACAAUUAAGAGUGAACUUUAAGAAUCAGGAGUGAGCUUUUAGAAUUAAGAGUGAACUUUUAGAAUCAGGAGUAAGUUAUUGGAAUUCGGGGGCAUGUUUAAAAGAUAAGGACUGUCAUUUGGAAUUCGGAGAGCACUUCUGGGCCACAGUAAGAGCCACCCACGACCCACCCCCCAACAGAUGGUCUUGAUCAACGAUCACUGAAGCGUGACCGAAAAUUCAGAAGUCGUGUUGAAAAUUUUCAAGGUCGAGUUUGAAAUAUGACGCGGCAAGUUUAAUUUGAUGAAGCGAGUUGAAAAUAUACGGCGAGCAAGGUCAAAUAAAAGAGUUGAGUUUAAAAUAUAAAAGACGAGUGCAAAAACAUUUUCCAGUGAUGCGUAGUCUGAGGGAAGAGUGUAAAAUUUUAAAUUCGGCCAUAAAAUUCAAGUAGAAAUGAAAAUGAUAAAUUUAAAAUUCAAAGAAUGAAUUUUGGCGGGGAUCGUACGCCAUACUAAUCGAAUGGUUUGCUUUGUAUUUUAGCCAUAACAAUCUCGGUUUCGUCUCCCUAACAAUAUCAUUCUUUUGUGACUAAAAACGGUUAUUAUAAUGACAAUAUAUAGAACUGACAGGCACGAAGGAGGAAAAGGAUAGAGUAAGGAGUGAGAUGAAUAAUUAGAAUAGAACGAAACUAAUAAUGAAAAGGGCAAGUAUCGAGAUAAAUAGGACGAACUGUGAUCUUUUUUAAUUGGGUGGGGGGAGGUUUUUUACGGGUCAUGGAAAUCGAAAGGACAAGUUUAAUAGAAAGGGAGCAGGAAAGAAAGACGUCACUGAAAACAUCCACCUCGUCCUGCAUGCCAUGAAUUAACGCUCUGGGCGUUUACAUGAAAAAUAUACCAUGGACAGCAAGCUAAUUGAUGAAAUUUACCCAGUUAAAAAAUAUGGCAAACAACGAAUACCGGCCCUCGUUCGAUAGAAUAACGUACGCGAGGAGAGGGCUACAAAGAGAUUUAAAAAAAAAAAACUCGUUCGACGGAGUCGACUCAGAGAUACAGAAAAGCGCUAAAAGUGCAAAUUUUCAAUGAAGUUGCGACUUAGGCAGGUGGUGAGAAAAAGGGGUUAGUUUUCAAGAUCGCAAUAAGGAACAUACACCAAAAUUUCCUAGCAUCGAAAUAUGAUACUAGGCAACAUUCUGACGCUACUUAAGAAUAAUUUGAGUCAUUUAUAACGUUUUUAUUAAAUAAUCUAUCACGGCUAUUGAAAAUUUAGGGUUUGAAAUAUAUUUUAGUUUUAGUCGAAUUCAAACAUACAGAAUUUUUUACUUCUUACGGAGAUUGUUUUCUAAAUACCAAACUUUAAGUUCCUAGUGUUGGAUUUUCUGUAGCUGGUCUAGAUCACGCAACAUUCGGUUUUGUCAGUUUCAAAGUUUUUUGUUUAUUGCUGUCAUAGUUAUAUCGAUUUUACUUAAAACUACAUUUUCACAAGUUUUAAUCCAUAGCCAAUUACUGGUGAAAAUUUUUUGGCGAUCGCAGAAGGAAAAAAACACUUUUAAGGCGAUUGCCGGAAAAAUAGCGGUAUGGCCUCUGAAAAACUGUAUCGAAACACCUUAAAUGCAUUUGUGGCAACGUUCUAAUUGCAGAAUGUUUCUACUGUGAACUAAAAAUCUUUUUUAUGCAACAUCGACUUUAGUUAAUAAGUCCGUAAGAUGUGUUCAGUGCGUUUACAACUUCCUUUGGUGUUCUCUUUCUUAAAAGUAACGUCAUUGAGAUAAAUUUUUAAAAUCGUUUUUUAUUAAGGGUCAUUUUAUGCAACACUUCGCGUCCGUGAAGAUGAAGUCGAAUUUGAGUAAGAUCCACAUUUUAAAAUGCCUUUUUUAGUGAAAGUCAUUUCUUUCAUUACCUACAUGCACCUAUGAGAUCUUAGCUCAAAAGAGUAUUCUCGGAAUCAGGGGUUUGACAAAAAUACAUGCUGUGAGAGAUUCUAGCAAAACAUUAAAACAAUAAAUAUUUUAUAAGCCAUUAGUGAAUAAUUUGCACUGUAAAGUAGCAAUACGUGUUUCACCUGUCAAACAGCUAACAUGUCCUCUCCUUUUCAGGUACCUGCAAGGUUCACUUAAAACUUUACCUUGUUCCUAAAAGUGAGGGUAAGAAGUAUCCCCGUGCAAUAUUAAGCUGAAACAUCGCGGACAUCGCCAUCGAUAGCAAUCCAGAAGGUCAGUAAUCUAGUAAUCUUGAAAACUGCAACAGAAUUUCCAAAUUGUUUUUUGACACGCAAAUUGUUUUCAUGCGGAAAAAGAGAAAUAGAAUGGUCGGGCAUAUUAUGAUGAAUCAAUAAGGAACCUAUUCAGUUCUUCAAGCGAACAAAAAGAAGUCACAGAAUGCGCAAAUAAAAAGAGAAAGUCAAGUAAAAGUUGCUCCUAUUCAAGAUAUCAGCCAUCAAUGAACUUUUCAUAAAAAUGUUACCAAAGUGACUUGCCCAGGGCAAUUCCAACUCCUUUAUGCCUUUCUUUGAUUUCUGCUAAACACAGUCCCAUGAUGCUGCUUACAAAAUUUUACUGAGUAAACCAAACGUUCCCUAACAUGAAGCUUUGCGCUAAUCAACUGGUUUGCUUUGUGUUCUAGCCAUAACAAUCUCGGUUUCUUUCUCUUAACAAUAUCAUCCUUUUGUGACUAUAAAAGGUUAUUAUCAUGACAAUAUGUGGAACUGACAGGUACGAAGGAGCAAAAGGGUAGAGUAUGUCUUUUUGUAAAGAAACGAGAAAAAGGAGAAAAAUCUGGAUAGUUAAGAAGGUGUAUCAUUAUUUUGAUCUGAAACUCUGUGGCAUUUGGAGCUACAGAGAAGUAUGUCAAAACGCCCGUUUCUCCUACAUUUGUUGCAAAAUCGGGUCAGAUUUGACGUGACUUUAUUGAAAAAUUAGAGCUCAGACAAGCAAGUGGGCUCUAGGUUUUAGAUAGACUUGCCUACAAGUCGAGUUCAAAUUUGUUCACGAGCGCGAAGCGCGAGCGGUAGAUUUUUCAUGUUUUCUGCGGCAAAAGCACCUUGGAUAAUAGCGAGCGAGAGUGAGAGCGUCGCGCUGGGGCCGGAAAUGAGAAGCAAAGGACUAUCAAAAAGUCUUGGUUUUAGAAACAUUCGCAGUUUAUACGAAAUAACAUGAAUUUUUUGGCGUUUUCUUAAGUUUAGAAUAUUUUGCGCACAACUUGUACUCGAAAAAAAAAAACAAACAAACAAACAACGUCAACAACAAUUAGAAUUAAUGGCACGCAGUUCGAAAACAUGCACGGUGACCCCAUCUUUUAUUAACACCACAAGAAUUACACUAUAAGAUAAAUAGCUAUUAGGGCAACCCCAAUUAAAGGACUUUAAGCGACUGGCGAACUGAUAGCUCAGGCUUUUUUAAAAAGACUUAAUAUGAAUUUUUGGUGGUUGUUCAAGUUUCGAACAUUUUGCGCACAACUAGGACAAAAAACGCUAGCGCUUAGAACUACUGGCACGAGUGGAGAAAACAAGCAUGAGUGACCUCAUCCUUUUUUUUUUCCAGUUUUUAUACAGUCAAUAUCCUAAAUAAUAUGGCACUACAAGAAUUACGCUAAAAGAUAAAUAGUUAUUAGGGCAACCCCAGAUCGUCAAUGAGUUAGAGAUCUCCGACUAUUUAGCUUUAAAUGUGGCAACGUUCUGUAAUUGAACAAUUUUUGUACUGUGAACUAAACAUCUGUUUUUAAAGCAACAAUUCAGUUAACGCGUCCGUAAGAUGCAGAAGCCUAAAUGUGUUGAGUGCGUUUGCAACUUACUCUGGUUUUCUCUUAACCAAAAGCGACGUCAGAAUAUGAUAAAUUUAAAAAAUCGUUGUUUAUAAGCGUCAUUUUAUGCAACACUUAUCACGUCCGUUGAGAUGAAGCCGAAUGUCAGUAAGAUACUCGUUUUAAAAUGCCAUUUUUUAGUGAACAUUACAUGAUGUCUUUAAAUCUUUACUUACAUUCACCCAUCUCAGGGUCUAAAAGAAGAUACUCAGAAUUAGAGAUUUGACCAAAAUACAUGCAGUGGGUAGAUUCUGGCAAGCAUUAUUACAUUAAAUAUUUUAUAAGCCAUCAACCUCGUUCCUAGGGUCUCUCGUGAUGAGAGACCCUGGGAACGAGGUUGAUAAGCCAUUAGUGAAUUAUUUUCACUGUAAAGUAGCAAUACGUGUUCACCUGUCAUACAGCUAACAGGUUCUUGAUGAUCGAAUCUAAUAGAUUCCUCUCCUUUUCAGCCACCUGCAGGGUUCGCUUAACACUUUACCGUGUUCCCGAAGCUGAGCGGAAGAAAUAACCCCUGGAAUAUUACUUGCCCUGAAACAUCGCUGACAACGCCAUCGACAGCAAUCCAGAAGGUCAGUAAUCUAGUAAUCUUGAAAAUUGCAACAGAAUUUCCAAAUUGUUUUUUGACACGCAAAUUGUUUUCAUGCGGAAAAGGAGAAAUAAAAUGGACGGGCUUCAAUGAAUUGAAGGAACCUAUUCAGUUUAUCAAGCAUGCAGAUCAAAAAGAAGUCAAAGAAUGCGCAAAUUAUAAGAGAAGGUAAAGUAAAAGUUGUUCCUAUUCAGGAUAUCAGCCAUCACUGAACUUUCCAUAAAAAUGUUACCAAAGUGACUUGCCCAACUAACUUUCUUAAGCCAGGACAAUUCCAACUCCUUUAUGCUUUGCCCUGAUUUUUGUUAAACACGUACAGUCUCAUGAUGCUGCUUACAAAAUUUUUUCUGAGUAAACUAAACUUUAAUUCCCUAACACGAAGCUUUCCUCUAAUCGAAUGGUUUUCUUUGUAUUUUAGCCAUAACAAUCACGGUUUCUUUUCUGUAAAAAUAUCAUUCUUUUGUGACUAAAAACGGUUAUUAUAAUGACAAUGUGUGGAACUGACAGGCACGAAGGAGGAAAAGGAUAGAGCAAGGAGUGAGAUGAAUAAUUAGAAUAGAACGAAACUAAUACUGAAAAGGGCAAGUAUCGAGAUUUUUAGGACGCACUGUGGUAGUUUUUAAUUGGUUGGGGGGAGGUUUUAAUCGGAUCAUGGAAAUCGAAAGGACAAGUUUAAAAGAAAGGGAGCAGGAAGGAAAGACGACACUAAAAACACCCAUUUCGUCCUUCAUGCCAUGAAUUAACGCUCUGGGCGUUUACAUGAAAAAUAUACCAUGCACAGCAAGCUAAUUGAUGAAAUUUACCCAGUUAAAAAAUAUGGCAAACAACUAAUACCAGCCCUCUUGAGAUAGAAUAACGUACGCGAGGAGAGGGCUACAAAGAGAUUUAAAAAAUAAAAAUCCUUCGACGGAGUCGAUUCAGAGAUAUACAAAAAAGCGCUAAAAGUGCAAAUUUUGAAUGAAGUUGCGACUUAGACAGACUUAGACAGGUGAGAAAAAGGGGUUAGUUUUCAAGAUGACAGUAACGAACAUACACCUAAAUUUCCUAGCAUGGAAAUAUGGUAAUAGGCAGCAUUCUGACGUUACUUAAGAAUAAUUUGAGUCAUUUAUAACUUUUUAUUAAAAACUCUAUCACAGCUAUUGAAAAUUUAGGGUUUGAAAUAUAUUUUAGGUUUAGUCGAAUUCACGUCCGUGAAGAUGAAGUCGAAUUUCAGUAAGAUCCACGUUUUAAAAUGCCUUUUUUAGUGAAAUUCAUUUCCUUCAUUACCCACAUUCACCUAUGAGGUCUCAGCUCAAAAGGGUGUUCUGGGAAUCAGGUGUUUGACCAAAAUACAUGAUGUGAGAGAUUCUAGCAAAACAUUAAAACAAUAAAUAUUUUAUAAGCCAUUAGUGAAUAAUUUGCACUGUAAAGUAGCAAAGAUACGUGUUUCACCUGUCAAACAGCUAACAGGUCCUAUCCUUUUCAGGAACCUGCAAGGUCCACUUAAAACCUUACCUUGUUCCUAAAAGCGAGGGUAAGAAAUAUCCCCCGGCAACUGAUUAACCUGAAACAUCGCGGACAACGCCAUCGACAGCAAUCUAGGAGAUCAGUAAUCUAGUAAUCUUGAAAACUGCAACAGAACUUCCACAUUGGUUCUUGACACGCAAAUUGUUCACAUGCGGAAAAGGAGAAAUAGAAUGGUCGGGCAUAUUAUGAUGAAUCAAGGAACCUACUCAGUUCAUCAAGCAAACAAAAAGAAGUAAAAGAAUGCGCAAAUAAAAAGAGAAAGUCAAGUAAAAGUUGCUCCUAUUCAAGAUAUCAGCCAUCAAUGAACUUUUCAUAAAAAUGUAAUACCAAAGUGACUUGCCCAACAAACGUUCUUAAGGGCAAUUCCAACUCCUUUAUGCCUUGCUUUAAUUUUUGCUAAACACAGUCCCAUGAUGCUGCUUAAAAAUGUUUUCUGUGUAAACCAAACCUUCCCUAACAUGACUCUUUCCGCUAAUCAACUGGUUUGCUUUGUGUUCUAGCCAUAACAAUCUCGGUUUCUUUUCCUUAACAAUAUCAUCCUUUUGUGACUAUGAAAGGUUAUUAUCAUGACAAUAUGUGGAACAGGUACGAAUGAGCAAAAGAGUAGAGUAAAAAGUGAGAUAAAUGAUUAGAAUGGAACGAAGCUAAUAAUCAAAAGGGCUAGUAUCGGGUUAAAUAGGACGCACUGUGGUCGUUUUUAUUUGGGUAGGGGAAGGUUUUGUUCGGGUCGUAGAAAUCGAAAGGACAACUUUAAUAGAAAGAAGGCAGUGAAGAAAGACGACGCUGAAAACACCCAUUUCAUCCUUCAGCGUAGUGACUGCAUGCCAUUAAUCAACGCUUUGGGCGUUUACAUGAAAAGUAUACUAUGCACCCAAGCUAAUUAUGAAGUUUACCCAGUUAAAAAAUAUGGCAAACAACCAAUAGUCCUCGUGAGAUAGAAUAACUUACGCGAGGAGGGAGAAGGAGGGGGCUGGAAAAAUCGUCAUUCAAAUUCGCUGAAGAUUAAAAACACCACCCAAAGGAAUAAAUUAUAGAAAGAUCUAGAAUAUCGGGUUUCAAAAGCACCUUAAGAUGCUCUGGUAUAGGCUAAUUCGCGGAAAACUCGAGUCUCAAAAUUUUGCAGGUUCUCCGUUUGCGCCCCAUAUAUGACAUGCUCGGUACACAGACCAAAGUGAUAUUCUUGUUUUAACCAGGUAUUCACGUUUUGCAAAGAUGCAUGAAAAGACCGCUGUUACGGGACUUCUUUUCACGAUCUUCUUUCUUGGUCUGAUCCGCAAAGCAGCAACUACAGAUCAGUGUAACGGACCUCGCCAAAUACCCAUCCAGGGCAACAUGCUGAAGGGACACAUCUAUGAAACCCGAUGGGUACGAUCCGGGUAUGCGGAGUGCUUGUUUAUAUGCAGAGAGGAAAAAGUCUGCCAAAGCUUCAACUUUGUGGUUAAAGAAAGCAAGUGUGAGUUCAAUAAUCGCACAAAGGAAGCCUGCAGUCCUGAGGAUUUUGUUUUCGACCGUCAUCGUCUUUAUGUCAAACUUGACGUCAGUAGAGGUAAGGAACUUUGAAACUGUCUUAAACGGUAUACAUCCGCUUUUUAAAAAAUUUAUCACCUCGAAACAACUUUGUUUCACUUUCAGAUAGAUUUUUUAGUCAUUUUGUUUGCUUUAAAGGGGCUAUAUCACAAAGAAAAUUGCUGUUUUAAGUCAAUUCUGUGCUGAAGUGAUUACUUAGUUCCUUUAACCUCAAGCAAAAUGCUCCUGUAGAGUAACGAGGAAGAUAUCAAACAAAUUUCAUCAACAUUACUUUUUUCAUGAUUUUUGCAGGCACAGCAUUACAAUUUGAAAAAAUUGGCUCAUUUUUUUUUCAGUUCAGUUCAAUCCAUGUUCAUCCUUGCCAUCAGCAGCAACGGACACCAGGAAACAGUUUCAAUGCGUAUAAAAUACACUCUUAAAUACCAAAACUGGGCUAUUAUUUUUGGAAUUUAAUUGAUCCAAGUAUACGUUGUAGCAUUUUAUAACGACGACAAAAAGCUUGACGUAGCUCUUUUUAGUUCUGUUUUGAUGCCAACAGGGAAGCCAUAGAAAGGUGAUAAUUUGAACAUGUCAUACAAGGCCACACCUAACGAACUGACGAGAGUCCGAUUACUUGCAGACAAAUUAGAAACCAAAAUUAAAUAGUUUUAAAGUCCCUUUAUUGCGCGUAGGAUUAGCCUGUGUCCAGCGUGUCAGUCUCGCGCGUCUUACGUUACCAUCCCCUUUCCACUCCAAACACCUGCUUUUCAGGCUAUACGGGAUUUAAUUUCGUUUUGUCAUGCCAAAAAAGAGAUAUUUCCUCGGGUGGUGUUGUCAGUUGUGAAAAACCACCUAGGCUUGUUCCUGUCAAAGGUUUUCUGAAGUUGUAAGGUGAAAUUAACCUAUAUUUACGCAGCAGCAGACAUUCAACGUUACACUGUGGCUUAGCGCCUCUCUGGAAGUGAAAUUGCUGAUUACAUACUAAAUCACGGACGAACAGGAGUCUUGUAGUGCGAUGGUCGAGUGUAGGGAAUUCGAAACGAAUUUUUUGGGGAUCUCAGCCAAAAAAGCAAUAAACAAACUAUCCAUGAAUAACAGAAGACUCUUGAUAGCAGCUGUAUUUCAUUUUGUACAUCCAGUGGAAAAAGACAGUUAAAAACAUCACAAGUUGACACAAAACUCUGUCAGCUUCAGCUGUCAAAGUAAACAACUUUCAAGAUGCUGCAUAAAUUUUCCGCAUGAACUCACCUGUCAAAUUUUGACCAAUCAGAGCAUACACAUUGGACGUAGAGCGUGACCAACGAGUGAACAUGGUUGAAAAAACUGGUUGAAUUUUCGCGUCCGAGGUCAGUUUGAAAUCAAAAUCUUAAUAGUGCGGGGCCAUAAUGACAUAAACACAACAUAUUUCAUAUAAAUUAAAACAAAAUAAACUUGAGCCUGCGAUCAUUUGAAAACGAGUAACUCGAUCUCGAUGGGUCGACACCUGAGCCCGCGAUACCGCCCGGUGAUACUGGUCAGCGGAUACCUUGUUUUGACAGCUGUCAAUUGAACAUUGAUGUACAAUCAGUUUCCUCCUGGGCUCCCAAAGUAUUUAGAAAGUGUGAAAGUAAAUAUUGGUUUUCCUGUGGUGCGGGGGUCGGUGUACGGUCACGUGAUUACCAAAUUUUCUGGGAUGGGUAGAUUUACUAAGCUAUGGGGCUCCGCCCACGCGCGCGCAAAGCGCGCGCGUGGAGCUCCGCUAAAAAAGAACUUAACCAAAAAAAUAUAAUUUUAUUUGAAUGUCUGUGAUCAUGAUAACAACGUAGACAUUGAUCUGUUGAUUUUAAGGUGUCCAAUGUUUAGACGGCUUGUUUUUUUUUUUUUUUAAAUUCUAGUUCCCCUUGGUUCUAUUCCUGAGCUGCCGGCGACAUCAUGCCAGGAAAUAAACAAAAACGAAGGAAAAAAAUUGGACAGCGGCAAGUACUGGAUGUCUUUAAGUGGAACUAUUGUCCAUGUUUACUGCAAUAUGAGUACCGUUCCGGAAGGUAAGUUCAAUCCUUGCAUCAGUAUUAUUAUAAUCUAUAACGAGUAUCACACCUGUAAUGCCAGUUGAGGUACAAAAUUUCUGAGACCGCAGCCUUGCAAGAAGUCUAGGGUUACCAAUGCAACUGCCACAGGACUUUCGCAAAGACCUUCCUAAGAAUGUUAGCUGUUCCAAUCAGAGUUGCUUUCUCGAUCCUUUUUGUUGUUGCUGUUGUUAUUGUUAUCAUUAUCAUUCUUCGUGUCCUCUUCCUGUUCUUCUUUCGAUUUAUUUAUCAAUCCUCUAGAGUUGCUCCUUUCUGAUUCAGCAUUAUUAAUUAUCAAUAGAGAAAGAAAGGUUCCAAACUUAUUCCUUUCUCCACCUCAACCAGAAGACGUUAUACAAAUGCUGAACCCGUUUCCACCUUUGACGGAUUCAUCGACGUCAGUCUUCUGAAAAUUAUUUGGGGUUGGUAUCAAGAUCUUGAUUUUAUUGUCGGAAGUUGACUUGGUGUGAAAGGAUCCAGUUUUCAAUCCAUGUUCACUUGACGAGACCGUAAGCGAACGGGGUCUUCACACACAAUCUUCUCUCCGGAGUCAUCGGUUGCUCUUCGUAAGGCGCAGUCCACUCAGCGAGUGGACUGUGCCGAACAGGUGAACGUUCGGUCUUUGUUAAAUCCUUAAGAGUGGCUUUCUGAGAAGAUCAACUAUACCCAUGUAAGAUAGAAAAAUUCGAUUUUCCAAAACUUUGCCAGGAUGAAGCCCUUGAUUAACUUGUUUCAAAACUGUAAAUAAUAAUCGUAUUUUUCCAUACUGCAUAGGUAUAGGUGAUCUCAGAAAGCCGCUCUUAAGAUUUCACUGAGAUCAACACAGGAAGCGAAGGAAGUCUCGCUCCAGGGUUCUCAGGCACCCGGACUUAAUUGAUAGAACAUUAUAUCAAUGUCGCUCACGAAUGUGACUGGUUCUUGGUGAAACUGCUAAUAACACCCACAAGUCGAUUCGUCAGGUCUGGCCCUUGUAGCAACUUAAUUGUCUUGCCUUGUCGUUCAGCGACGUGCCUCCGAAUCUGCCGCUACAGUCGAACGCCACUCCCUUCUUGACAUGGUAAACUUGAAUCAUCUUUGCGAGAAUAAAAUGAGACAUUACCUUCGAGAAAAUCCCUUGGCAAUGAUGCUGCUCAAAAAGUUAAGUUAAACAUAGUCUCCUUGAAUUUUCUAACUCUUAAGAAGCUUCUUUCUUAACCGGUGCACUGUUCUCUUUAAAUGACUUACUCUUUAUUCUCAGGAAACCAUAGAUGGUCACUCCGGAAAGGAAGGGGGGUUUCAUAAUGACAGUCUUUGGGGUGACGAAUUUCCUGGUAACCGCAACAUUUUCGCUAACUUUUCUCAUUUCUCUCUUUUUAUCAUAAAGUGGUGGUCGAGGUGUCUACCUAUGAACCAACUCCUUUAAUUGCAGCCACUCUGUGGGCAACUCACACCUGUAUUGCUCUAAGCCGCAUAUAUACAGAGGUGCAAUAAUUACUUAUAAGUGAUUUGGUUAAUUACGCAGCGAUCAUAUUUAUGACUUUUUAAGCUUAUCUGAAGAUCCGGUGCAUAAAUAGACCAGUCUUAUGCUCAAUUCGAAGGGCAAGCACAUUAUUAUUACACCCGAAUCAUAGCUCACACAGAUUCGUCCGUCGCUGCAAAGCUUUCAACACGCGAUGAGGAAGUCUUCUUUUACGACCUUGGUCUUCCCUCAGCCGAAGGAACAGAAAAUACAGAAACACAAAACAGACGAAAGCAAACAGGUGGAGACAAAAUAAUCAACUUGAGCUAAGCUGAUGAUCCUGACCCAUUGGCGCGUAGAAUAACCCACACUAUGGCCAACACUAUUGCUCAUCCAGGAAUGGUCUGAUGGCGAAAGGAACACCAUUUUCACUUCCUUAUAAGUCUAUUCUUGCAGUUUGAGGAAAUCAGAGGACCGAUCCUGAUAUUAAGUAACCGUGGAGACAUGUUUUUGGCUGAGAUGUUUCCAGCGAUGGGCGAGCUCAGGCGUUGGCACGUUUUUGGGUGUGGAAAGUUCUUCUUUUAUAAUGAAUUUCAUCGGCAGCUGCACGGGAUUCUCUCAUUUCAAGUCCAUAACGGCUAAAUAAUCCAUUCAAGUCCUUAAUGCCGAGCGACUUUGUACCAUUGGCGGUCUUCACCAUUAGCUGUGUACUCAUGCCCUUCACCCUGGACGUGGCUGCGAUAUCGUUAAAAACGAACGAAGCGGUACAACAGGUGUUGAGCUGGAGCAUGAUACAGUUUGCUGGUGAAGAGAAGGGCUUAGCUUCUUGGUGGCCUCCUGAUUGGGAGGGAGGGAUUCGUCAUGUGGUCCUGUUGAAUGUAGACAUUAAAGCAGCUCUUAAAGGUCCUUCGCUGGUUACAACUGUUGGCUCUAAUUACAGGAUUGUAGAAGUCAAAGCAAAUCGCCUUCUUUUUCCUCUUUGGCACUCGGGUUUUCUUUAAGUAUUUUUGACAAUCAUGACUCUUGGUAGAGGCUAGUGGGGUUGAGUGAGCCAGCGGUUACCUCGGUCACGUGAUUGAAGGAGUGAUGCGAAAUGCGCUUUUCCCCAGACAUUUUACACAUGUAAGAGCCUUUUCCUUUUCUAGAACGAUCAGGUCAAACUGAGGAACCAUGCAAAUAAUUGAGCGCUCCUCGCUGGAGCCCUUGAUCGGUCGAAACAUUUCACUUCUUCAUUAACAAAAUUCACGAAGUCGGCGGGGGAAACGCCCCUCUUGUCACUCUCCUGUUAUUUUAUUCUCGGCCCCAUCGGCUUUGAAGCGUAACUGGAUGCUUUAUAAGUGACUCUUUUUUACAAGUUGCGAAGAUGGUUGAGAAUAGCAAGGAGGGUUAGAGUUGAUAUCGCGCUCUGGCACUGACUAAGCAAGAGGGAAAAUCUGUAAAAUUCCCGCUCAUCCACUGGUUGGAUGGAGGUCGUUAAUCUUCUUAAGGAGCCUAUGCCGGGGAUGGACAUCUUGUAACGGUGCCCAUACUUAGCGUCCGGGUAGCCACUUCGUCAAGGUAGAGACAUCCGUUGAAAAGGUAUUUGGGUUCUUUGUGUAAAUACUUCUCUAAUUAUUGUAGACUAACACAUCAUAUGGGCUGAAUUUAGUUUCUACUUGCCAGUAACAACUUGGUUUGAAUUAGGAAUACUCCAAUGGAUCCCCAGUUAACGUGGUCAGGGUCAGUGAAGGCAGUAAAUUCUGUAAUUGCUGCGCUUCUAGCAAUUCGGUUAACCGGUUUUGUUGCUAAAGAAGUCAAAAAACGUAAUUUGCAAUUUCACGUACAUCAGCCUGAUAGUUCACUUGGCAGAUAUUCUUGCUUCUGUAAUCCUACUGCCUCAGUAUCCUGCAUGCUUAACUCGGUGACUUGAAAUCCAUGUGCUAAAGGAUUCAGACUGAGAUGCUGCAUUAUUUUCGGAAGGGUUCGCAUCACAGCAUCGUCAUAUAAAUCAGCAAUAAAGUUUAAAUUAUUCACAGUGUUUGACUUGCCACUUAUUCGGCGGCGUUGAUCUUAAAAAGACUCUAACUCUGUCUGCAUCGAUCAAUUGGCUAGAAGAUCUACUAGACGGCUGCGAACGAGCGAUAGUGUCCAAACUCUGUUCGAUGGUCUCUUUCGCAGAUGAGACUCAAGCGAAAAGUUAGCUCUAUACCUCUCGCUCUGGUGGGCGUACCAAACGUUCGCACCUUUAAAUCAUCCUCAGUCUCAAGAUCGUCCAAAAGUGCAGCGUCAUUUGUCUUACGUUCUAAAAUGUAAUACUAAAUGAAGCCAGAUUCUUCAAACGACAACCAUUUUUUCGCUAGUAGCUAAAGAAUCGAUUCCCUUUCUUUACCGACCAACUGAGAGUCUGUCCACCAAAUGUUAACCAUGAUCAAUAAUUAUAGCUCUUUCCUUUCUUUAUAAAUUCUAAUUAGAGACUUCGCCGAGGACGGAGUUUUCUUCAGAGUAUUUUACAGAAACCUUGCUUUGUUACUUCUUCGCGUUUUGUUAUUAGCAUUAUUUUAUUGUUUUGUUGCAAAAUAAACAUACUUCACUUGCUGAAAAUGGUGAAAAUUUAAUAAGCGCCCAGCCUCGAAUAAGCGCCCACUCUCAAGGUCCAAAAGUUUAAUAAGGGCCCAGGGCGGUUAAUCGAAUAAAUACGGUAACUGGAUUUAUGUAAAAAACAAAAUGUGUAUUAUUUGUCCGAAUUUGCUAAUACGUGCCUCUUGAGAUUUGAGGAGCGUCUUAACAUUUUUCUAUUUAUUUUAGGCACAAUAUCUCUUUGGAUUCCUGUCUAUUGAAAUUUUAUUUUCGAUUUUUUUUUUACCAGACAUUGAUGAAUGCAAGAGCGAAAGUCAUGAUUGUCACGUAAAUGCAAACUGUAUUAACACUCUUGGCUCUUAUAACUGCUCUUGUUGGUCUGGCUACAAUGGGAAUGGGACCAUUUGUACAGGUAUUAUGAAAAAGUUGUUCCAUUCUUCCUUGAUAAAUAUAUAGAGGAUAUUACAUGGCCGCUUGGAGAUACGAAAUUUCUCUUCGAGUGUUGAAAAAUACUUCACGAGUGAGCGAGUGAAAUAUUUUCAACACGAAAAGAGGAUAGAGAAAUUUCGUAUCUCCAAGCGGCCAUGUAAUGUUCUAUUUAUUAUAUAAACACCAAUGAAAUACCAAACCAUUUCACAGAAACCGUUUUUUUCCUGCGAAAAUAACAUGUUAUUUUCACGUGUGAAGAUAUCAUGUUUUCGCGCGAAUGCUCACCUGGUAUUUCAUUGGUGUUUAUAUGAUAAGAAAUAAUACCUAGUAAAACCAAAGUUUAGGGAAUGAGGGCGACAUAGAUCGAAGGUUAAAACACUCCUGCUUCAGUAAAGGCAGUGCUUGGAGGAAGUUUCAUGUGAUCGAAGAUCAAAAUGCGUGCGAUCAGGUUACGAAUGAUAGAAGGUCCAAACGCGUGUGAUCAAAUUACAUUCUACGCAUUCAAUUCGUUCUUCUUAGUGGAAAUCCAAACUAAUGCUAGCUGCAAAUCGUGCCGCUCAUGCAUAAUCGCAACCUGAAGGUAGCAUUGCUGGUACAGUAUCGUUUUCAAAUCCUGUCUAGUUAAAUCUCUAGAUCUCCAAAAUUCUUCAUAUGAUGCGAAAGCGGAAUUCAAUAAUUGCUUUAUUAUUCAUUAAAAGUAAUUCCUAGUUUAAAAACAAAGCUAAAACAAGCUUACCUGCAUCGAUGUUACGUUUAUCUUCGAUAGUUUAUGUUUAGGUUUGUCCAGCUCCGCAAAUAUUCUCCAAAUAGCACAUGUCGCCCUCCGAGUUGUCUUCUUGCUGUUUUUGCUAUGUUUUUAGCCCUCAUUUCGCCUAGUUCCAGCUGUAAUUCUUACUCUUGAAACAAGUGAAGUGUCCGCCAUUUUCGUUUUUACAACGAAAACAACUCAAUCCCGCCCCAGGUCUUCUCGGUUAACGGUGCACUAACCUGAAUAUUCUGCAUUUUUGACGUCAUUUCCUGCUUGGACAUCAGUAACUGGUUAUGGUGAAUUAUGCGUUUGCUUUUAGCCAAUCAGAAUUGGGGAAAUAUUUUGAAUGAAUAAUAAGGAGUAUUAUGUUAUGCCCAGGGGGCACUCGCUCAGUAUUUUACGCGCGCUUUUUGGGCAAAAAGAGAAUUUUCAUUUUAUAUUUCUCGGGAAAAAGGCAAUCAUUAUUACAUCCAAACAUGGCACAACGUUUUUUUCCCAUUACAAUCUUUCUUAGGAAAACCUAAAGAAAAACUGGCCCAAAAAGCGCGCGUAAAUACGGAGUGAGUAUAUCAGAUCGUGCUCAUGCUCCCUGGGCAUCCUAUAAUACUCCUUAAAUCUAAUUAAUUUAAUAUGGCCGCAGUAUCGGUAAAACGGUCUAUUAUAACCACAUUAAGACAACAACUCAAAUGCCGUGAAAACACUAAAGACGGCUGUUGUUUUACUGAAAAAGUAGACAAGGCUGAGGUAAAACUAGAAAGGAAAAUACAAUAGACCAUUUUCUAUAUAUUAAAAUUCACACUUGGCUCCGAGGUUUGGGGGAAUAUAACAAAAGAAAUGUAUUAUUUAUUGCUGAGCCUCAAGAUGAUUUCUUUUAUUUUAGUCCCCCAAGCCUCGCAGACAAGUAUGAAAUUUAAUAUCUCGGAAUUGGUCUAUUGAAAGAUCUCAAUUACAUGCGACGAGUAAUGUACUAGGCCAACAAGGACGAAUGAAAACUUAACUAGAAAAUACAAACGGCCAAAUAAUAAACCCAAUAAAAUAAGAAAGCGAAAAGAAAGGCUAAGUACACCUUGUGAACGAAACCAUUCUGCAGGCCCGGCCAGGGGUUUUGGGUAUUCAGGUAUCCGGGGUCUUUAUUUAUUCAGGUAUACGGUAUUUCGGUGCUAAAUAUGGGUAUUUAGUAUCUUGCUUUCUUAAUCUUUGGCAUUCGGCAUUUAGGCACGAGUGUUUGAAGUUUUUUUUUAAAUACAUGAAUGUAUGUUGACACAGUGAUUGAGAUGUGUUCAACAGAAGUUCGCCAGGGGUUGAGAAUGGAAAGGGAUGGAUAAAGGCCGCGCCCUGUAGUGCACCAAAACUUAGGCAUUCUGUGUCUGGGUGUAUUAAUUAUAUCUCACCAGGCUGCUUAACCAUCACAAUUUCUUAGAGAUUGCCCCGAUUUUGCUUGAAAAACUCCAAUCCUGGCCAAUAUGCAAUUCUUAAUAUAUAGAUUUAGCAAUGGCUAAAAGCGAAGCUCUCAUUAAUAAAUUUAUGAUUUAAAUAAAAAAAUAAAGUUGUAUUCCACAUAUCAGUUAACUUUAGAGCACAUUCAUGUGACUUUUGAGGGACAGGCUAAGUGCAAGGGACUGAAUGCAGUAUUCACAAUUUUGCAAUACAAAUUGCACUCAUUCAAUAUUCAGGUCGAUCGAAGUACGCGUGGGCUUUUAGCGAAACCGUUCAAAAAUUUCCAAAAUCACCUAUACGGCCAGCCGGUUCUCACUUUUGACAAGCGUCAAAUUUGCAGUGCUAUCUGUGUAGAGUCUUUGAAUGAACAUUAAGAAUCUAUCACGUUUAUUUUUAUUAAUGCGUUUAUAAUGAUGUGUAAUCUUCAAAAGCGUUUGAUACGCGCGGAAUUUUGCGUACUGUUGGGCAAAUUUUUUCCUUUUGUUUUUCGUUUUCUCACUUACUUGUUAUAGUGUAUUCUUUUUCUUUUCGCUCUCCGGUAUUUCGUUAAUUACGCUCCUUUGUUACGUGCUGUAUGUAAAUUUCGUUAUAGUUUGUUAUCUCGCCCUUUUUUUACCAGUUUACGUGUCUAUUAGUCUAACAGCAUUAGUGGAAGUAGAUUUUUUCCCUCGGUGGCCCUGACCACCAACCCUGUCAUCCUCAGCAUUUGGUAAGCAGCUUCGUUUUCGUCGUUUUUCAUUAAUUUCAUUUCGCAGCCGCCUUAAAGUAGUUUUUCUGUAUUGUAACUAUUAUUUUUUGGCUCUUUGUAGGAAUUUACUUUUAUGAUUCGUUAAUAGUAAAAGCAUUUGCUGAUCGUGAACGUGUUGUGUGUUUGGAAUUGGCCCUUGCCCGUUCAUUUUGUAAAUUCCAAAUGACGGAGUAAAUUAUGGCGCAUUCAUGGACAGCCUCGAAUACCCGCUCAAAUUCUCGGAGAAAAAUGGCGAGUUCAUUUCAAGAAGAAGCGUUACAAGAAGCUUUAUUCAGCUUACGAAAGUCACUGGCAGGAUAUGUUUCAGCAAUGACAAGAGCUUGUCAGCAAAUUGAUCCUCUUCUCGUCGAUUACGGGAAUCUGGCGAGCGUAAAAUCUCUUCAAGCUAGUUUGGAUAAGACAUGGAAGAAUUAUCGAGAAAGCAUCGCACGUUAUGGAAGUCUCUUGGACGGAAACAGCAUGGAGAUUCACGAAGUAAAUAAUCAGUACUCCUCUCAGGAAUUACGAAAGGACAACUACGAUCAAAAGAUUAAGGAAUUCACUAUCGCUGCGGCUACACAUUUUAACGAGCAAGUAUCUCGAUACCUAGCGAACAUUGGUUUGGCAUCGCCAACACCAUCUGUUCGCUCCGUAAGCAGUCGCGCUUCAAAGUUAAGCGAAGCAGGGGGAAAGGCUUCACAACAGGAAGAUGGCGGCGGCAAAGGCUACUUUAAUGUAAAAGCAAACUGAAUUGAGAAAGAAAAGGUUGAAGCUAAAUUUGCAGAAGCCGAGUUCUCGCAACUUUUGUUAAAUGGAGAUUUAUCACCUAGCCGUGCUCUCAACCCUGUAGAACUGACUCCUAAAAUUAUUCCUGUCACCUCGUCACUCCCGGUUAGUAGUGGGGGAGGGACCGGUUACUCCGGUUUUUUGCGGAUUUAAUUAGCUUUUUGAGCGGUAAAAAUUAACGCAGAUGACGUCAUGCAUCUCAUUAAGAUAGGAUGAUGUCAUAGUUUAAAUUAAUGCCGAUGACGUCAUACAUCUCAUUAAGAUAGGAUGAUGUCAUAGUUUAAAUUAAUGCCGAUGACGUCAUGCACCUUUAAGAUAGGAUGAUGUCAUAGUUUAUUUUUAGCUGGCAAGGAGCAAGUGACAUCAGAAUUUCCUAGAGUUGACGUCAUAAAAAAAUAUUGAGAUUAUAAUCUAUAAACAGAAAAGUUAUUUUUCUAUAAUUAGCUAUUUGCUAUAGCCUUCUGAUUAGAUAUUGUUUGCUAUACUCUUCUGAUUGGAUAUUGUGGAAACUGUUAUGUGUUCAAAAUAAAAGCGGGCAAAUUUUGAACGUGUUAUCUUUGCAGAUUACACUAAAUGAAAAAUCUUUAAUCAUUAAAUUAUUUUCUCUAAAAAUCGGUUAUAAACAAAACCAAGACACGGAGGUUAAGUGAAAAAUCUUUACUUCAAAAGAAGGGAAAAGGAGGUUAAGCGAAUGCGAAAUCGUACUAAUUUUUAAGCAAAACAUGAAAACGAGGUCGAAGCUCAGCGAAGCGAAAAACUGCCUAUCAAGCAAAAAUGUCAAUCUUUGUUUACUUGACUCUGUAAAAAGUAUUGCACAGGGUAUAAAAAUUCUAUAGAAAACAACAGGUGGUUCUAAAGUAAACCCUAACUCUUUUGGUUCUUGAAUAAACUCCAUUCUAGUAACGAAUAAGUGGAGCGUCUAUUUUAAAAAAAGAUAGGAAUAAGAGGUGCGAUCGCCUGGCAACACAUGUCUUCUUAUUUAGUGCUAAAAAUCGGAUAUAUAAACAAAACACACCCCCACAUACACAAAGUGGAGCUGAAAAUUCUCUAUUUCAAUUUCGAAUCACCAAUACAAAAGCGUUUUCUCCGUUCCAUCUCGAGGAAACGACUAACUAUUGAAGUCUCAGCCCUUGCGCUUGAUGAGCUUAUGGUUUGCGCGCCGUUAGAUUUUCUGGCCUGUGUUUGGCCUUUCUGACACUCUGUAUAACCUGAAUAUUUGCGAAAAAAGAUGUCAUUUGUGUUCAGCAAUCGAACUGUCAACAUGGUUUUUUACUUUAGAACCACCUGUUGUUUUCUAUAGAAUUUUUAUACCCUGUGCAAUACUUUUUACAGAGUCAAGUAAACAAAGAUUGACAUUUUUGCUUGAUAGGCAGUUUUUCGCUUCG